CAAUCCGUACUUUUUUUAUGACAAAGUUCAUUAAUUAAUAUGUUGACUACAAAGAACCGACUCUUCCUCGAACAAGAAACCAACUUUCUCACAAUCUCAAUUAUUAUAGUCUUAAUUCCCCACUCGGUUUGUGCCUCAGAAAAAAAUGCGACAACAAUACUGGCAGAGCAUAUUCACGCCGAGGACGUCGUUUGGCCCACCACCGUUGAAUUCCGCGUCUCCAAGCAAUUUUAUGGCCAAGGACCUAGUUAUUUUGGCAACGCUUCACUCGAAAACUGUACCACAGUUGCGCAACUGUUACCCGCCGAGUUUCAAACAUUCAACUACAUCGAAGUGAUUCCGGGAAAUUGUAUCAAGAUCUACCCAAGUCAUGACUGCUUCGAUUUUGGAAACAUUCAGUCCUGGAAACGGAUUCGUCUCACAGACAUCAAACAACACUGGAACCUCCUCCCGAGCCAAACACCGGUUCGAUCGGUGCGAUAUUGUUUUUCCGACUGUCCCCCCAGCUUUUCUCAAGAGGAGCUAGAAAACGAAAAGGCAGGCUUGGUUUUGGCAACUUUUUACGAAAACCGGGAUUUUGAAGGAAUUGGGCUGCCCCUCAACUUGUCUGGGUGCACAGUGGUCCCACUUUCAUUAAAGAGACGGAUAUCGUCUCUAAGAAUGCAUCAAGAUUGCGUUGUCAUUUACACGAGCAGAGAUUGUAACGGGCAUGACGAUCACAGAAUGAUUCGUGCCCCACCUGCAAAUCAGGGCAGCUUGGAUACUUGGAAUCAUGGAUUGGACCGGCGAGCAGUCACAAUUAGUUCAUGCUUGUACUACUGUCUGAAUUCCACGAUGCGAAAGGCAUUUCCGUCCGGAAAACUGGACACUGGUCCAACAUCAGAGGACGGGGGUGAGGUCGUAAUAUAUGAUGAACCACAUUUUUAUGGAAAUUUUAUAAAAGUUCGUCUCGACUCUUGCAUCACACUUCCCAUCGAAUGGAACGGUGUGGCCAACUCAAUCGACACAAUGAACGAAGAUUGUCUCCUCCUCUACGAGGACGUUGAUUGCCUCGAACAACUCGGAACUCAUCUCCGACUAGAUUCCACAAAUCUUGCCGAACAUAAAGAACUCAAAUUGGGCAAAUUCAACCUAAAAUUACGAUCACUGCAAUCCUGCUCCGAAGAGAAGAGCACGAUUAAAAGGCACAAAGACUUGUUUGAGACUGCAAAUCAAGAGGAAAAUUCGGUCCUGGUACAAAUUUUAAUACCGAUCGCUGCCGUCUUCCUCAUCACAGCAACACUGCUUUUCUCCAUCUUAUUUUACAUCGCUAAGCGAAGAAAACAACGCAAAAAGCAAAGUGUGUAUCAAACUGAAAGAAUUGCUUUGCAGGAGGAAACCAACAAGUUUUUACAAGGAUAUGAAUCAAAAAGUAAAAGUAAUGAAGAUUCGUCAAGUAUCGUGCUCAGCUCGCCGUACGAUACACAUUAUGAAAUUGCAAAAAAUCGGAUUGAUAUCGAUUUUAAGAUAGUCUUGGGCUCUGGACAGUUUGGAAUCGUCUUUAAGGGAAGGUUCACAAAUUCCGUGGGAAUAUUGAUGGAUGUUGCCGUUAAAACUGUCAAGUCUGACGCGAGUAUUGAGUAUCUUAAAGCUCUGCUGAAGGAGACGAAGGUUAUGAUUUACAUCGGAAAGCACCCAAACAUUGCUGAAUUUGUUGGUUGUUGCACCAAAAACCUGGAAAAAGGGAGAUUUCUCAUAUUAAUGAAGCUUUAUCCGGUGGGUUCUCUUGAAACUUAUUUAAACGAGAAUAGGGAUUCAUUUACGGAAUCAGGGAUACAAAGCGACAAUAAAUUGUCCUCAACGGAUGAUCCUACCUAUACGAAAAUGGAACUGCUUAAGCAUGAUUCCACAACCUUCAACACACAACGUCUUAUCCAAUGGUGCCUAGGUAUUGCGGAGGGAAUGGAAUUUUUAGCCUAUAAAAAGGUAAUCCAUGGUGAUCUGGCAACCAGAAAUGUCCUCCUUGAUGACAACUUAACUCCCAAGAUAUCCGACUUUGGUCUCUCUGUCCAGCUCCACCAGUAUUACGAAUACAUUAAGAACAAAAAUACUCCACUCCCGUGGAGAUGGCUCGCGAUAGAGUGCUUAAACAGUUCAAUUUUUUCUACCCAUUCUGACGUUUGGUCGUACGGAGUGACCAUGUGGGAAAUUUUUACCCUUGGAAGCGUCCCGUAUGAAGGGCUGUCCUGGGGACAAGAGUUUACUCAAAGUUUGGAGCAAGAAAUGAGAUUGGAAAACCCAAUUAAUGCUUCUAAUGAUUGUUGCAGAAUGAUGAACGACUGCUGGAAACAAGUGCCAAAGGAGAGGUGUUCAUUCACCGAGCUGAAAUGUCGCCUGCAGUCAAUCCUUCAUUGUGAAGACACAUCCACUGACAUUGGACCGAAUGCAUGUCUGUAUGUUGGUGUCGAAGCGAUAAGCUAAUAAGCAGCCAAACUUCACUUUAGCAGAAAUAAUCAUUCAUUAAUUUGAACGCUAAUUUGAGCGAUCACAUAUCAUACUUAACUCCGACUAUUAAAUAACACCGAAAUGAGAGAAACAAAUAUACGCAUAUGUAUAAUCUGAUCCCUACGUAACUCAAGCGAUAUCUACACCACUCUUUAAUAGUAUAGUAUGUAGAUAUAUUGUAUUAUAUUUAUUUAUAUACGCAUGUACACUUAGAAACUAUAUGUAUGCGUUUUGUAUGGGCAUACAUUUAUUUAUAAAAUUCGUAGAAUUAAAGUUUAAGUCGUAGAAUUUAUUGUCAUGCCUA